GGAGGCGGCGCUGCAAGUGACGGCGCGAUACUGCCGCAAAGAAAUGGAGCAGUAUGGCCAGUGUGUGGCCGCCAACCCCGCCUCCUGGCAGCAAGAAUGUCACCAGCUCAAACUCGACAUGGCCAAAUGCUCAUCUUCCCACCCUAUUAUCCAGAAGAUCCGGAACGACUGCGCCGAGCCAUUCGCUGCGUUCGAACAGUGCCUUAAGGAAAACCAGACCUCAGUGAUGAACUGCGCCGAGUACGUCCAACAGUUCCUGCACUGUGCUGACCAAGUGAAACUAGCUACAUAAGUGCAAAAUGGUGCUUUCCCUCGGUGGCCGUUGUGCUGUGGAGUGCCCAUACGACUGAAGUUCCUACCUGGAAUGACAGCAGGAACAUCACAGAUUCUCAAGAUCCUGCA